UUUAAAAAUAUCAAUAGUUGUUGAUACAAUGACUAUUUUGUCUGUAUCUAAAAAGUUUUUCAAAGAUGUGCCGUCUCCUGUAGCACAAUGCGAUCCGCUACCUGAAGUUGUGAAUGGUGUGGCCAGAAUCACUAUUCCUGAGGAACUAUUUGUUGAUGCAGUGCCUUUGCGGAAAAGCUUUGUGGUGGGUCAUUUCCUAGGAGAUGUUCCACAUGUGGGUACAAUUCAUGCAACAGUAAAUCGUAUUUGGACCAUACUCGAUAAGUCCUCACAGAUUGAUGUGCAGCACAUCGCGGAUAUUCCUUUGGUGGUUAAUGAGUGGAAUCCUGAAACAUCACUAGCUCCUCCCGACCUCUCUGCUAUGCCGAUGUGGAUUGAUCUAAAGGGAGUUCAUGGGUUUGUUUUCUCUCAUAAGGGACUAGAAUUCAUUUCUAGAUCAGUAGGAAAGUUUGUGAAGCUCCAUCCGAAUACAGAGCGAUGUUUUAGAUUGGAUGUAGCAAGACUUUUGGUAGAAGUCAAUUUGCAAAAGCCUUUAACAGAGCAAAUUAGCUUUGCCAAUGAAAAAGGAGAAGAGAUCCUUGUGUCAGUUAGUUACCCGUGGCUGCCUCCUAAAUGUAAGCUUUGCUCACACUGGGGACACUUGGAAAAGGAUUGUUCUACAGGGGAAAAAGUGAAAAUAGCUUCAAAGCUUAAAGAUACAAGUGUCAAACCUGUUUUAGAGAAGAAGCAGGAAGAAGACCGCGAAACAACUGCUACAGUUCAGGAACUGGCUCAGAAUCUGCUGCGUGAUCUUGAACAAUCUUCUCCAUUUCAGAUCCCUGUCUCAGAGAAAACUGACAUGGUGGAGGAAGGGGCUACAAAAAACAGUCCUUUAGAGGAACAAUGGAUUACAGAAAAGAGGCAAUGGAAACAGCUCCUCCCCUAGUCGGAAUAAGUCUGCGAUGAUUUUGACUUCAGCUCCGGUCUCUCCAACGGGUUUUCGAGUGCUUACUGUGGAGGGUGAAGAGGAACUAAAUGUUCAGAAUCAAA